CCAGAUAUGCGGUGGGCAACACGUUUUGGUAAACAUCUUAGCAAUGAAGUAAAGGAAGCAGCUAAUUUUAGUAUCCCAGCCGAUCUAAAUAUUAGGACAGGACUCCCCUCGUAGAUCACGCCGCAAAAGUGUAAAACACCUUAGCAUACACAAAACUCUAAAGAACAACAAUGGACCUCCAAGAAUCCAUCCUGAAACAAACCCACGUUUCUUUGUCUCUUGCCAAGCAUCUCAUCUCCACUAAACCGAAAGAUGCCAACCUCGUAUUCUCGCCGUUGUCGAUCCACGUCGUGCUGGGCCUCAUCGCGGCCGGGUCAGGCGGCCCGACCCGGGACCAGCUCCUUGGCUAUCUCAACUCCAAGUCCGUUGAGGAUCUCAACUCGCUAUCGUCGCAGCUCGUCACCCUGCUGUUCGCCGAUGGCGGGCCGCUCGGUGGGCCCCGUUUGUCAUUCGCCAAUGGGGUUUGGGUCGAUCGGAGUCUUACCUUGAAGUCCGUUUUCAAGGAAAUUGUUGAGAAUUCCUACAAAGCUUCCUCAAAUCAUGUGGAUUUUCAGACUAAGGCUGUUGAGGUGACACAAGAGGUGAACUCGUGGGCGGACAAGGAAACAAAUGGGCUGAUCAAAGACUUACUCCCUUCUGGAUCAGUCGACUCCACAACAAGGCUCAUAUUCACGAAUGCAGUCUACUUCAAAGGCGCAUGGAACGAUAAAUUCGACUCAUCCCUCACAAAAGACCACGACUUUUACCUCCUAGACGGAAGUUCGGUCAAGGCUUCCUUCAUGACCACCUCAAAGAAGCAGUACUUACUCGCGCACAGCGGAUUCAAAGUUUUGAGCCUACCGUACAAGCAAGGAGAGGACAAGCGUAAAUUCUCGAUGCACUUUUUUCUUCCAGAAGCCAGAGACGGACUCUCGUCAUUGGUCGAAAAAGUUGCAUCGAAACCUGGGUUUAUCGAGAGACACCUCCCGUACCAGCAGGUGAAAGUUAGAGAUUUUCUCAUUCCGAAAUUUAAGAUAAAUUUUGGUUUUGAGGCGUCUGAGGUUCUUACGGGACAAGGGUUGGUCCUUCCGUUUUCGGGCGGUGGUCUGACUGAGAUGGUUGACUCGGCUGUUGCGCAGAAUUUGUAUGUUUCGAGUAUUUUUCACAAAUCGUUUGUUGAGGUGAAUGAGGAAGGUACGGAGGCUGCAGCUGCUUCUGCUGGGGUUGUGAAGCUUAGGGCAUUGAUGGUGGAGGUGGAUGAGUUGGAUUUCGUGGCAGAUCAUCCGUUUUUGUUUGUGGUGAGGGAGGAUGUGACGGGCGUAGUGCUUUUUGUUGGCCAAGUGCUUAAUCCUCUUUCGGUGUAAUUAAUGCAAGCAUGUCUGAAAAGUUAUAUUAUGAUGUUAGCUAUGUUUUAUUUCUGAGAGUCUUGUUGUAAUCAAACUCUUUCUACUCUUAAUCCUAUAAAUAUAUACCUUUAGCUGGAGAUAGCCUGCCUUUAUGUUGAAUGUAUCACCUUUUCUUUUUCUUAAUAGGUUUUAUGUUAUCGUGAAAUUUUGAUUAUCGGAUUUUCUUUUUGUAUUUUUUAUCUUUCAAAAUGAUAGCAAUAUUAACA